GCCCUUCCCGACUCCGUUAACCUGUCUAUCCCCUAAGGUGAGUGCCACAUGCCGUGGCCUCUGGUGGGAGUGUGUCACCAAUGCCUUCGAUGGGAUAACUACCUGUGACGAAUACGACUCCAUCUUCGCCGAGCACCCAGUGAAGCUGGUCCUGACCCGGGUUCUGCUGAUCACCGCUGACCUUCUGGCCGGACUCGGAUUCGUGUUUCUCCUCCUGGGCCUGGACUGUGUGAAGUUCCUCCUGGAGGAACCAGGGACCAAGGACCGGAUCUGCUUCGUCUCUGGAUUGGCCCUCUUAACGGGAGGUAUUCCUGGACUCAUCGGCUCCACCUGGUACGCCAUUGAGGUCUACGUGGAGCGCUCCGCCCUGGUCUUGCACAACGUCUUUGUGGGCACCCAGUAUGAGUUUGGCUGGUCCUGCUGGCUCGGACUGGGUGGCUCCUUGGGAUGCUUCCUGGCUGGGGCCUUCUUAACCUGCUGCGGGCGCCUUCUCCAAGAUGCCAACUCAGGGAAGGACUUUUAUUCCGGUGCUUUACGGAAGGUCUACCUGCCUCCUGCCAUGACUUUCUCCUGCCAUCCGUCUGUGCCGACUGCCACGGCCAAGAUGUACGCAAGGGACACCCGGGUGUAAGGACGAGGAGGAAGGGGGCACAAGACAGGCUCCAAAAGUCUUCAGAAUGAAGGGGCUCCUUCAAAAAAUUGGCUGGCUGUCUUCUCCCUUGGCCACCAGACAAGUUCUUUCACCAGAUAACAGAUGCUCAGAGUUGGAAGGGACCUUAUAGGUCAUCUAGUCCAACCCCCUGCCCAAGCAGAAAACCCUAC